ACUCAGCGCCCCCUUUGUCCUCAGUCGGUGCCCAGCCAGCGACACUCAUGGCGGCUGCACCCGUCAGGCAGCGCUCCGGUCUGGGGGGACCCCGGGCGCAACUCCCGCCCUGUUACUAUGAAGGGUACCUGGAGAAACGAGGACCGAAAGAAAAGGCAUCCAGGCGGCUGUGGACCUGUCUUUGUGGGAAUUCUUUAUAUUUCUUCAAUAAUGCCAAGGACACUCAUUACGUGGAAAAACUGGACCUCGGUGGAUUUGUGUCCCUGAAGGAUGACUGCAGUCGGGACAGAAACCUUGAGGCAGCCAGACUCAUCCUCCGCAUGAAGGAUGGGGAGACCAAACUCACAGCACCAAACUUAGAAUCCCGGGAGCUGUGGAAAGGUUUCCUUUACUCUGUUAUAGAUCUGAAUGUGCCAACCUGUCUUACACUGCUACCAGGGCAGCUACAAAUGCUAAAGGAGGUGGUGGACAAAGAAAGGUCCAGACGGAGAACUCGGAACCCAGCUCGAGCUCCUCCUUCACCUCUCUCUGUUCCUCUAGUGGGAGAGAUCCCACCGUGUUUUCGUCCGGUGUCCCGAACAGAGGCUGAAGUCCUUUUAGAGAGACACCCAGACUGUGGCAACAUGUUACUCCGUCCAGGCAGAGAUGGAUGCUCAUUGGCUGUUACUACCCGGCAGGACCUCAAUGGCUCAGUGUUCAGACAUUACAGAGUCACCCAGAGGGACCAAGGUGGUUAUGUCAUUGAUGUGGAAAAUCCUAUCCCCUGUGCUACACUACAUGAUGUCAUUGAUGCCUUGGUGGAGAAGACAGCAGGCACUUUGCAGCCUUUCCUACUGGAGGAGCCUUAUGAAGAAAAUAUCACAUAUGUUUCUGCUAAUGAUGAAAAUGGAGAAAGGAUCCUCCACACUGCCCCAUCCAGCCCCCUGCCCAAGGCCCCUGCCCUGCCUCCAAAACAAGAUCGAUGGUGCACCAGCCCCCUGUCCAGGUCCCCUGCCCCGGACCGUCGUAUCCUGACCUCACCAGUACCGGCUUCGCCCACCAACCCGAUGAGACGACUGAUCCUCUCCCCUUCACCUCUUACACAAACACUCAAUGAGGAGCUAAAAAUGACGCUAGAAAAGAGGCGAGCCAGUCAGGAGUGAGCUUAAGAAGGACUUUCAAUCACAACAUCCCUAAUCUCCAGUGCCAAACCUUUACUCACAACAGCUUCAGUAUGUUCCCAUCCUGUGCCUUUUAGGUGGAAGACAAGCAACUACAAAACCACCACUUUCUCUUAGUGAAGUAAAACUUGUUCAUCUUUUGUUUUGUUUGCUUUUUGUUUUGUUUCAGUAUAUAGUUGUUAAUUUGAUGUGAAUGAACUGACACUAAGAGCAAGACUGGCUGAUUACCUCAUCCAAUUUGGUUCAUGCAAUUUCAUAAAAUGUUGCCUGUCCUGUGUGAGUAAAGACCCACUUGUGCUUUGUC